UCAAUGCAGAAGGCGAAGGAGGAGCUGUCAAAAGUUUUAAGUCGGGAGAGGUUUCACGAAAUGGGACAAAACUUCGCACACACACACACGCACACACACACACGUCCGCCAACGAAGGCGCGCUACAGUUAUAGAGUAACAAUUACAAUUACAAUCAAAGAGAUAAACUUCUAAAACCUAAAAACAAAAAGAGAUGAAAUGGAGACUUUGGCCAAGACCGGAUUCCUUUUCUCUUUGCUGAUUUCCUUGGGCUCGUGCGCGACACCGGAAAGGAAAGUGUGUCAGGGCGGGUCCAGCAGACUGAAUCUUCUGAACACUGUAGACGUGCACUUCCAGAGCAUGGUGCAGAUGUACAGCAACUGCACCGUGAUCCUGGAGAACCUGGAAAUCACACACACCACGGACAAGCACGAUCUGUCCUUUCUCAAGACCAUUGAAGAAGUUGGAGGCUACGUUCUCAUAGCUCGGAACACGGCGCCAGAAAUCCCACUGAACAACCUGCGCAUCAUCCGAGGCCACUCGCUGUUUGAUAAUACAUUUGCUCUGGCAGUUCUGUCAAAUUUGAAUGAAAGCACAGUCAAUUCAGGUGUAAAGAAGCUGUUCCUCAACAGCCUCACCGAAAUACACCGCGGUGGCGUGAAAUUUAACUUCAACUAUUACUUAUGUAACGUGGAGACCAUCCAGUGGGCCGACAUCGUGAACCGGAAGAGCGAUCCAAUUGAAGUCGAUUAUCAGAGCAGUUCGAAAAAACUCUGUAAAAAGUGUGACCGAAGCUGUUACAAUGGCUCGUGUUGGGCUCCUGGCCCUGAAAACUGCCAGACUUUCACAAAGCUGGUAUGUGCUGAGCAGUGCUCCGGAAGGUGUAAAGGCCCCAAACCCAGCGACUGCUGCAACGAGCACUGUGCGUCCGGCUGCACCGGCCCGAGGCCUACAGACUGCCUGGCCUGCAGGGACUUCCAGGAUGAUGAUACAUGCAAAGAUGCAUGCCCUCCUCUCAUGCGCUACAACCCCAACACACACAAUGUGGCCCCCAACCCGGACGGGAAGUACACAUUCGGGGCGAUGUGCGUGAAGCAGUGUCCAUAUAACUACGUGGUCACAGACCACGGCGCGUGUGUGCGAGUGUGCAGUCCUGGAACUCAUGAAGUGGACGAGGACGGGGUCAGGAAGUGUAAGAAGUGUGACGGCCUGUGUCCGAAAGUGUGCUCUGGACUAGGAAUGGGUCAUCUCACUCAGGUCAUAUCAGUCAAUGCCUCCAACAUCGAUUCAUUCGAGAACUGCACGACUAUCAACGGAGACCUGUCGUUCCUGAAGACAACGUUCCACGGGGAUCUAUUUACUAACACCAAGCCGCUGGAUCCUGCCAGACUCAGCGUUUUCAAAACAGUCAAAGAAAUUACCGGCACUCUGCUGAUUCAGGUGUGGGAAAACAUCACUUCUCUCAGCCCCUUCGAAAACCUGGAGGUGAUCCGCGGAAGAACCAAACACCGCGGUACGUUGAGUCUGCGUGUCAGCUCGACUCCUCUAACACACCUGGGCCUGCGCGCUCUGCGGGAGAUCAGUGACGGCAACGUACUCAUCGAGAACAACCCCAACCUGUGCUACAACAGUCCAGAUCACUGGAAACGCCUGUUUAAAUCCGACACGCAGGCCGCCAGAUUGGGUGGGAACGCGGAAGCUGCGGCCUGUGCGAGGCAGAACCGUAUCUGUGAUGAGAUGUGUACGCCUGAUGGUUGCUGGGGUCCGGGGCCUACCAUGUGCUUCAGCUGCAUGAACCACAGCCGCAAGAAGAGCUGCGUGGCUUCCUGUAACCUCCUGGAAGGCGAGCCACGUGAAUAUGAGGUCAAUAAGACGUGUGUGGAGUGUGACCCAGAGUGCAAGCCUCUUAACGGAACUCUAACCUGCUCGGGGCCCGGUCCUGACAAUUGUGCGGAGUGUCUUAACUACAAAGAUGGGCUGCACUGCGUCCCGCGCUGCCCUCAGGGUAUUCCCGGGGAGAAGGACACGUUCGUCUGGAAAUACCCGGACAGCAUGCGGGUGUGCCAGCUCUGCCACCCCAACUGCACCCAAGGAUGCACUGGACCAAAACGUCAAGACUGCAAAGGUACAAGUGACACGGGCACGUCGAUCAUCGCCGCCAGCGUGGUCGGAGGGCUCCUGGCUUUCAUCAUUCUCACUCUGGCCGUGGCCCUGUUAAUCAGGAGACGGAAGAUAAAGCGGAAGAGAACGCUGCGCAGAUUACUGCAGGAGAAAGAGUUAGUGGAGCCUCUCACUCCCAGCGGAGAAGCUCCGAACCAGGCGCUGCUGCGUGUCCUCAAAGAGACCGAGUUCAAGAAGAUCAAAGUGCUCGGCUCCGGAGCUUUCGGCACCGUGUAUAAGGGUUUGUGGGUCCCCGAAGGAGAAGACGUGAAGAUUCCCGUCGCCAUUAAGGUUUUGCGAGAGGCCACGUUGCAGAAAGCUAACAAGGAGAUCCUGGAUGAGGCCUACGUGAUGGCGAGUGUGGAACACCAGCACGUGUGCCGGCUGCUGGGCAUCUGCCUGACGUCCAACGUGCAGCUGGUGACCCAGCUCAUGCCUUACGGCUGCCUGUUCGACUACGUCAGGGCGAACAAGGACAACAUCGGCUCGCAGGACCUGCUCAACUGGUGUGUGCAGAUCGCUAAGGGUAUGAACUACUUGGAAGAGCGCCACCUGGUGCACAGGGAUUUGGCCGCACGCAACGUGCUGGUGAAAACCCCACAGCACGUGAAGAUCACUGACUUCGGCUUGGCCAAACUCCUCAGCGCCGAUGAGAAAGAGUACCACGCGGACGGAGGGAAGGUGCCGAUAAAAUGGAUGGCCCUUGAAUCCAUCCUUCACCGGAUCUACACGCAUCAGAGCGAUGUAUGGAGUUACGGUGUGACUGUUUGGGAGCUGAUGACAUUCGGGACGAAGCCUUACGACGGAAUUCCUGCCAGUGAAAUCGCCGGGGUCUUGGAGAAAGGAGAGAGACUCCCUCAGCCACCUAUCUGCACCAUUGACGUCUACAUGAUCAUGGUCAAAUGCUGGAUGAUUGACGCAGACAGCAGACCAAGAUUUAGGGAGCUCAUCGCAGAGUUUUCCAAGAUGGCCCGAGAUCCGAAACGCUACCUGGUCAUUCAGGGCGAUGAGCAGAUGCACCUGCCCGGUCCCAACGACUCCAAAUUCUACCGCAGUCUGAUGAGCGGGGUGGAUCUGGACGAGGCCGUGGACGCCGAUGAGUAUUUAUUGCCCAACCAUGGCUUCUUCAGCAGCCCCAGCACGUCUCGUACACACCUACUGCACUCUGUGAGCCUGAACAGCAGCAUCGGGUCGUGCCAGAACAGGAACGGGGCUCUCGUGCCGGUGCGUGAGAACAGCCUCAUGCUGCGCUACAUCCCCGACCCCACUGAACCCUUCCUGGAUGGAGAUUUCCAGCCUGCCCCAGAAUACAUGAACCAGAACGACAGCGCUGUUGUAUCGGACAUGUCCAACCCCAUCUAUCAGCACCCUGUGCCUGCGACCCUGGACGAGACAGAGGAGGAGUACCUGAACUGCUUCAAAAACCCAGCGACCGUCACUUCUCCUAACUCCGCCCCCGAGUGCCUAAACACCUCCCGCUCUCGGAUCUUAUCCCCCUUCACACCCAGCCAGAAACAGCCGAACGGGAACGGCUACAUCGCGCAGAUCAGCAUCGACAACCCCGACUACCAGCAGGACUUCUUUCCGGUGGGGACCAAGCCGAACGGGAACCUCCAGGCCGCCGAGAACUCCGAGUACAUGGGUGUGGAGGUGCACUAGCACGCUUCACUCGCGGUCUGUGGACUCUAUACAAGCGACAUGACUAGACUUAUGGAGGCAGACUCUACUACAGUGCUUUCGCGGAGGAACUCGCGAAAUUGCCACGAACUCCUGUCGGUUCAUUUUAUGUUUUUAUCUUUCUUCAGAGCUGGACGGCGUGUUCGCCACGAGCCCGUCCGCCACAACAGACUGCAAAUUCUCCGAAUUGAAUCCUUUUCAGACUAAGUCUAACUACGUACAGGAUCCGAGCAAAUCCCGUAUCAUUGUACCCCGAGUUCGACCUUCACGCUUGCAGAACUUUGACAAUCGUAGGGCAAGUUUUCACACUUUCCCCGUACCUGGGACUGGUUGAGUGUGAAAAGCACUUCGGGAAAUGCGACCGGGGAACACGUCUCUGGUCUGGACGUGUGUAUCGGGACUGGGAUCUCAUGUAGGCAGUCAGAAACGUGGAUGGCAAGACAAGAAUAGCGAGCACAUAGCUAUCGUUACUAUUACUGCAAGACCAGUUUCUCCAUUUUAGCAUGUUUUCUCACAACGAUAGGACGACGUCUUUUGGCCUUCAUUUUACCUCCAUUUAAGAGACGUGUUUAAAGAUUAAAGAGUUCAAGAUGAGCUUAGCACGACGCAAAAUUCACUACUGGAAGUGAACACCUUUUUCACAUCCUUUCCUGUUCAAGUGAAAUUGAUUUUUUUUUCUUCUUUCACUUCAAUAUUAUCCACCCCAGUCCUGACCGACUCAUCCUUUCACUUCCUGUUUCAGGUUUUAUAAUGACCAGGGAAAGACAUGUUGUGGCUCUACAGAAACAAACACAACGACACUCUGGUAUAUAUACGGAGCCGAAAACAUUGACCAUGAAGGUGAUUGUAUGGAAUCGAGCAGGUUUGAAUGAAAGGCUAAAUAAAUAACACGUCGGUUUAAUAAUGUACAUAUAGUCAGACACCCUUCCCCCUCCUCCCCACCUUCACUCGCAGCAAAACUAAAGUAUCAAGCCCGUCUUCUGUACCGGAACACGUCACGACGGCGCAGGAUCCGACUUUCCUGUCUCGAAUGUGAAAGACGUCCAUCAGAAGAAACUCACGAGCAUCACGUGUCGUACGUCCGGACAGGCACGCGUAGCGUGAACACGGAAGCCGAGCCUCACGUCUUUCCUGUGAUUCGAAAACAAGACCGCAGGGGGAAAAAAACCUCCAGGAAAAUGCUGGGAGUGUCGGUCGGUCUGACGAGCCGCCGAGCGAUAGGUACGCUCACAAGCCUGAGAGAUGCGGCUGAUCUUUCGUGCUCUUGCAUCGAUAACAGCGUGUUAUCCGGCAUCAUACGAGCUGUGUACAGUCACACGUGUGUCCUUCCCCGUCUGUAAAUCGGUUCUUGUGUCGUUGCGUUGUUGCACUCUUUUGAAAGUUUAUAUUGAAAGACUGUUGGAACUGUUCAAGCUGUAAGGUUGUGCUACGGAAAGUAUGAUCGUGUAGAGUAAGAUUCCGGAAUAUUCUUCAGUUGGGAAAAAUCUUUCUUUCACCUUUUGUCUAAAAAAAAAAACACAACAAAAAAAAAAACACUAUUGUUGGAACACUGCUCCUUGACGUUUUCAUGUAUGCCCUCUGGACUAUAAUUAUUACUUUUAAAAAGUAAACUAAAUAAAGUGUGUGGUUUUUUUUCUACA